AAUGUCGCUGCUCAGUCAAAAACAGCACUGCCAGAGACUCUACCCCAGAGCGCAACUAAAUUUACGUGAAAGUUGAAGAAGCGAGUGAAACCUACUCAUAUUUAAACUGCAUUGCACCUGUGCAACGCAUUUAAACAAUGUUUUCAAUUUCAGAAAACUCAAUGGUUCGUUGGUAACAAUUGUAUGGAAUUGCGUUAUUCACCUUAUUUGGUGAAGACGAAAAGGUGUGCGCGUGAGGGAGUGCAAUCUUUUGUGUGCCUGCACGAGAUGUUAAGGAGGAGUCCACUUAUGCUGCAGUAUGUAUCUGCGCAACUGGAAGGCAGAUAUGUGAGACCGGUGAUUUUGAAGAAACAGGCGCGUCAAACAAGGACCGUGAACUAGUCUGCUGGAUAUUGGAGAUCAACGUUGUUUCUUCUGUUAUCGCACUCCAUUGCCAAGGUGUUUUGGUCAGUUCCCGAGAGAAGAUGUCAAACUGCGAGAAAGAUGCGCGUACGACCGAGAAACCCACACCACUCACCCUGCAGGCAUGUCUGGAGGAAUGCAUGGAGGCUGUGGACCUCUUUCUCAACAAUCACUUCACCGAGAGCCUGGACAAGCUGCAGCCAAGGGUGAAGGAAAGCAUGUACCACGCUCUGAUCUACGCCACUGUGCUGGAGAUGCAGGCCAUGAUGACCUUUGAGCACGAUGACAUCAUCAGCGCCGGGAGCACAAUGAAGAGUGCCCAGGAAGUCUGCCACAGGUUUCGGAAGAAGGCAGCCUUGGGUGGUCCUGUCACCAACUUUAGCCGGUCAGCUGGUGACAAGCUGACUGAAGAGGAGCUCCAUGCAGAGUUGUGCUAUGCGGAGUGCUUGCUGCAGAGAGCUGCUCUUACAUUUCUACAGGAUGAGAGCCUGGUGAGUUUCAUCAAAGGGGGGAUGAAGGUGCGCAACAGCUACCUGAUCUACAAGGAGCUUAAUGCUUUCAUUCACUCGGCCAAUUUUUGCAAAGGACCAAACCACUUGCACUUAGAAGGAGGGGUGUCCCUUGGGAUAGGAGCCUUUAAUUUGACUCUGUCCAUGUUUCCUGCGCGGAUUCUCAAGCUGUUGGAGUUUGCCGGUUUCUCAGGGGACAAGGAUUACGGUCUCUCCCAGCUGUAUGAAGGUGCCACCUCUCAUAACCUGCGCUCCAUGCUGUGCGCCCUGCUGCUGCUCUGCCACUACACCUUCCUCUCCUUCAUCCUGGGCACAGGAGAGGGGGAUGUGACGGAGGCGGAGAAGCUGCUGAAGCCCUUCCGGGCGCGGUACCCGCGAGGGGCCAUAUUUCUGUUUUUUGCAGGGAGAGCUGAAGAGAUAAAAGGGAACAUUGAUGAGGCGGUGUCGCUGUUUGAGGACGGCUGUAAGGCGCAGCAGGCCUGGAAGCAGUUCCACCACAUGUGCUACUGGGAGCUGAUGUGGUGCUUCGCCUUCAAGCGCGACUGGAAGAUGGCCUACUUUUAUGCUGACCUACUGAGUCAGGAGAGCCGCUGGUCCAAGGCCAUGUACGUGUACAUGAAGGCGGCCUUCCUCAGCAUGCUGCCUCCGCAGGAGGCCCGCCCCUUCGGCGAAAACGAGGUGGAGCUCUUCAGGCAGGUGCACUCCCUGAAGCAGAAGAUCGCGGGGAAGUCCCCGCCCACGGAGAAGUUCGCCGUCCGCAAAGCCAGACGCUACCGGGCCGGCUGCCCGGUGAAGCUGCCGGUGCCCGCUCUGGAGAUGAUGUACAUGUGGAACGGCUUCACCAUGAUGCGCAAGAGGCCAGAGCUGACCGAGGGGAUGGUGGAGACGCUGGCCGAGGCGGAGCGCGCCCAGCAGGACACUCCGUUGAGCGAGUACACGGUGGACGACCGCUGCGUGGUUCUGCUGCUGAAGGGGGUGUGCCUGAAGAACCAGGGCAGGACUGAAGAGGCUGAGGACUGCUUCAGCAAGGUGCACAAGAGCGAGAAGAAGAUUAAGUUUGACCACUACCUGGUGCCCAAUGCCCUGCUGGAGCUUGGGAUGCUGUACACACAACUGGGGCGCAAAGAGCAGGCCGUCAAGCUGCUGCAGAAAGCCAAACACAAUUACAAGGACUACUCCAUGGAGUCUCGCACCAUGUUCAGGAUUCACGCCGCCCUGUCCAAACUGAAAAGCGACAGCAGCGAGGAGGAAGAGUACACUGAGUUGUAGCGCGCGGCACUUCCUGCGUAGACAGGACACAGCGGCUGCACCUCCACCGUGGCCCCGCCCCCCUUCUGAGCUCUGACCUCUGUCCAGGACCACCCAGCUGCUGGGCCUCAGUUCUUCUCCCUCUGUCUGGCAGGGAUCAGGAAGUCCCCCCCCCCUCGAGCCGUGUGAUUGGCUCAGCUGAGGCGCAGUAAAAAAAAAAACACGUGCGGGUUACUGUGGCCAUUUUUCUUCCACCCUUGCUGGGCGUGAUUCAGAGAGUCCCUCCUCUGUCCCUUUCCCCCCAGACAGGGCACAGGAACACCAGUGCAGAGGAGCGUUUUUUAUCCAGGACAUUGCACAACUUUCAGCUGAAUCCAUCUGUGUCCAUAUAUUUAUUUGAUGAAGACAUGCAGGAAGUUGCUGGGCAGCCCCUGCUCAUGUGUAGCCUGCGUGGCACCAGUGCAGUAGGGGGUCAGUACAGGCCUCUGCAGCCACAGCCCUGCACAGCUUCAGACUCGGGUCCAUGGCAACAGAACUAAUCAAGCUUUGGUCUGGUUGCCAGGGGCUGGUGUCACACUCUUUAGUAGGCCUGUGUACUGGGGCAGAUUGUACUUCUGCGAUCUGCUGCAAUUUAAAAUACCGUGUUUUAAUUUCUCUGUGUGCUUUGUCACGAGCAAUCCGCUGUAAAGCCAUAUCCUGGCCUACCCACAAUUCCAUGUUUAAAGUUAACGCGAUCGUAUUUGUUACCCUUGUCAGAUUCUGUCUACCGUUAUGCAGGGUAGACACAGGGCAACGUGUUUUAUUGAGAAAGUAGAUUCUUAUACAGUACAGAGUGCAACUGUAACAGUGACAGGAACAUGUGCAACAUGCUAGGCUAGAUUUUUACAUUUAAGAUGACCAACAGUUAAGUCUGCUACACAAAUCAUUGUAAUGCCUGUCACUUUAAUGAUAACUUUAUUAAAUGUUAUGUCUGAAAGGCACUUGAAUGUCAGAGGCCCCCACGGGAGAUUUUGAAGAGCCCCACACAGAGGUCGCCGCGUCUUCCGCCAGUUUCACAAUUAAAGCGUUUUAAUGAGCAUAUUGCCAACCAGCCUUCGCACGGAUAUCUGGGCUUUUAUAGAGACCAAUGACUGAAAUGAUCAGAAGUACAACAAGCACGACACUGGGUAUAGUUACACUCCAAUGUCAGUCACAAGGAGUUGUGGCACAUCACAGGAAAACAGCUAACUAUCCAAAGUAGACCAGCUGUGUGCGUGUUUUUUUAAAAAACAGAAUACACAUAAAUGUUGUCUUGCAAUGACUUGCACUGAACGUACCCAACUGUCACUGAAGGAAUAAAAGGGAUUACAUAACCUUAACA